CGGGGCCCCACCCCCUCGCCCUCCGCCCCGGUGCCGCCGCCGCCUGGACUGAGGCUGAUCCCGGGUAGCGUUUGUGCGGUCUCGCCCGCGCCGCGGAGGGCGUACCGGCGUGACUAACCCUCUGCGUGUGUGGGGACUCACUGUCUCCAUUCAACACCCCUAGUUGGCGGCCUGGGACCUUAUCUGACCGACCGCCGCGCCCUUCUUCCGAAGCUUCUCCUCUCGGCGGGCCGGCGGCGCUCCGGCCCUUCCCGGGCGGCGCCGCUGCCACAGUCCGCCUCAGAGACAGAUGUUGGAGAUUAGAAGCAAAAUAAAUGUCAGUGGAAAGUGGAAAGGAGAACUGCCAUCACUAAGGGCCAAACACAGAGUGAAAUCAUUUUCAAAACUAUAAGACUGUUAAGAAUACAAGAUGGGGACUCCAGGUUCUGGAAGGAAAAGAACACCCAUGAAGGAUCGAUUUUCUGCAGAAGAUGAAGCUUUGAAUAACAUUGCCAGAGAGGCGGAGGCAAGGCUAGCAGCAAAACGGGCUGCCCGGGCAGAAGCACGGGAUAUACGUAUGAGAGAACUGGAACGACAACAAAAAGAGACAUCUUAUCCUUCCUUUGACCGGAAAUGGGGAGAGAUUCAGAAGUGGCUGGAAGAAUCGGAAAGGGCCAGGUAUUCUCACCGGUCCAGUCAUCAUCGUCCUUAUCUGGGAGUUCAGGAUACAUUGUCCAUUCGAAGUCUUGGCAGUCACAGGAAGUCAUCAAAGGAUAUUACUGGGACAGAUUGGAGCAGAGCCAGUAGACCCACAAGGAGAGAUGUGAUGUAUGAUAAUCUCAAGGAUAGAUCAAGAGUUUCAUCAUUUAAUCAUUCUUCUUACAGUCAUUCUUAUGGGAAGAAGAGGCAUUCUGGUUCACCUAAAGACCCAUUGAGUGGCCUCUACUAUGACCAGAGAAACUAUAGCAGUCUUAAACAUAGCAAACCUACUUCUGCCUACUUCACUCGGUCUUCUUCCCUAUACAGUGAUCCUUUGACAACAUCUAAGAGUAACAGGGCCUCCCCAACUAUAAAUUCUGGUCUGCUGAGAAGUACUAGUCUGGCAUCAUUGUAUGAUGGUGGAUUAUAUAAACCUUAUGGUUCUCGAACUCCAUCUGAGUACACUUAUUACUCAUCAAGAACAAGUUCGGCCCGAAGCAGUCCUGUGUUUAUCGAUGAUGACACCGAAAGCAUUGUGUCUUCUGAUCGUGCCAGUCGUGGGCGAAGGGAGAGUGUGGUUUCAGCUGCUGAUUAUUUUAGUCGUUCAAAUCGUAGGGGGAGUGUUGUCUCUGAGGUGGAUGAUGCCAGUAUCCCAGACUUGGCCAGUUUGGAUGAAAAAUCUGACAAACAGUAUGCUGAAAAUUCCACAAGGCCAUCAUCUCGAAAUUCUGCCUCAGCAACAACUCCUCUAAGUGGAAACUCAUCCAGACGAGGAAGUGGGGACACCAGCAGCUUAAUAGACCCAGACACCUCGUUAAGUGAAUUGCGGGAUAUCUAUGACCUGAAGGACCAGAUACAGGAUGUAGAAGGGAGAUACAUGCAGGGGCUUAAAGAAUUAAAGGAGUCUUUGUCUGAAGUGGAAGAGAAAUACAAGAAAGCCAUGGUUUCUAAUGCACAGUUGGACAAUGAAAAGAACAAUCUGAUCUACCAGGUAGACACUCUCAAGGAUGUUAUUGAAGAACAAGAAGAACAGAUGGCAGAAUUUUAUAGAGAAAAUGAGGAAAAAUCAAAGGAGUUGGAAAGGCAGAAACACAUGUGUAGUGUGCUGCAGCAUAAGAUGGAUGAACUCAAAGAAGGCCUUCGGCAAAGAGAUGAACUUAUUGAGGAGAAUCAGCAUAUGCAGCAGAAAAUAGACACCAUGACAAAAGAGGUCUUUGACCUUCAGGAGACACUUCUUUGGAAAGAUAAAAAAAUUGGGGCCCUAGAGAAACAGAAAGAACAUAUUGCCUGCCUUAGGAAUGAGCGAGAUGUGCUCAGAGAGGAGCUGGCUGACUUGCAGAAGACAGUGAACACAGCAGAGAAACAUGGCUUAGUUAUAAUCCCAGAUGGCACUCCCAAUGGUGAUGUUGAUCAUGAACCCAUGGUUGGAGCCAUUGCUGUUGUGUCUCAGGAAGCUGCUCAGGUCUUGGAAUCAGCAGGAGAAGGACCACUAGAUGUAAGGCUACGAAAACUUGCUGGAGAAAAGGAAGAGCUACUAUCACAGAUUAGAAAACUGAAGCUGCAGUUAGAGGAAGAACGGCAGAAAUGCUCCAGGAAUGAUGGCAUAGCCGGUGACUUGAUAGGACUGCAGAAUGGCUCAGACUUGCAAUUUAUUGAGAUGCAGAGAGAUGCUAAUAGACAAAUUAGUGAGUACAAGUUUAAGCUUUCAAAAGCAGAACAGGAUAUAACCACCUUGGAACAAAGUAUUAGCCGGCUUGAAGGCCAGGUGCUAAGAUAUAAAACUGCUGCUGAGAAUGCUGAGAAAGUUGAAGAUGAGCUCAAAGCAGAAAAGAGGAAGCUACAACGAGAGUUACGAACAGCACUGGACAAGAUUGAGGAGAUGGAGAUGACGAAUAGUCACUUGGCCAAGAGGCUGGAGAAGAUGAAGGCCAACAGGACAGCACUUCUGGCCCAGCAGUAGAGAAGCCACUCUUUGAACUCAGUAUUGCUUUGAGAGCUCUGCCCAGGAGGACUUUUUGUAUAUUGACACAAACCCCUUUCAGUACUGUUUUGAGUCAUUAUUAAAACAGCCACCUGUAUUUUAUAAUUUAUGAGAAUGAAGCAGGUUUGAAUC